AUGGACCUCGCUUGCCACCUGUUUCUCCUUCUCCUUCUCCUUUUCUCCCAUGGGAUGAGCCUGGUGGGUUCGUCUUGCAUCCCAGGAUGCUCUUGCGCCAACGAGCACUUUGGAAGGAGCUUGUUUUGCAUCUCUGCAUCCUUGGAAAUGAUCCUGGAAGGCAUCCCUCAAGAUAUCAAGAAAAUCAGAAUAGAAAACUCUCACCUAACAGAACUGCCUCACGGGGCAUUCUCCAAUGUCAGUGCCUUGGAAUCUCUUUGGCUGAACUUUAAUAACAUCACGGUCAUCCACCUCAAAAGCCUGGAGUACCUCAAGGAUUUGAUUGAGCUGAGGUUGCAAGGGAACAAGCUGAGUUCAGUACCAUGGACAGCGUUCCAGGCGACCCCAGCGCUAAACAUCCUGGACCUGAAGCACAACAGACUCGAUGUCCUUCCUGAACACGCCCUCCGCUACCUGCCGAACCUGACCUACUUAGACUUGUCUUCCAAUCAGUUUACGGUCAUCUCCAGGGAUGUUUUCAAUAACUGGCCCGUGUACCAAAAAUUUCAACAUCCGGAGAAGAAAAUGGAAGCUGCAUCGAAUGCAGUGCUAGCCUUGCAUGAUAACCCGUGGAUAUGCGACUGCCGCCUGCGGGGGUUUGUCCAGCUCAUCCGGUCCAUUAGCCCACCCCUAAUUCUGAUGAAUUCCUACUUAACUUGUUUGAGUCCCAUGGUUAGGGAAGGAAAAUACUUUCAUGAAGUGGAACUGAACAGCUGCACGAAGCCUGUGGUUUCAGCCACCGAGCCCAAUGUUACCGUAGCUGUUGGGCUAAAUGUUACUUUGACCUGUCUAGUGCAUACCAGACCCUCCUCAGCAAUCCGGUGGACUUAUACGCUGAAACAUCUACGGGCAUUUAAUGAGUCCAUGAGCCACAUCAGUGAAGAUACCACCAAGUCAGACUUGGUGCUUCCUUCAGUCCAUGUGAUGGAUCGGGGCAACUAUACCUGCACAGCUGCCAAUUUCCUCGGCAACGCCUCGGCCACAAUCGUCCUGAAUGUCCAAGCCCCCAGUGUGAUGGCCUCUUCCUUCUCCUCCUCCUUCUCACGGGAGAACCCCUACAUUGACGUGAGGAUUGCCAAGCAGACAGUCUAUGGGAUCACGCUGGAGUGGUACACCGUGACUGAGAAUCCAGAGUACACCCUCCAUUUUGGGAAGUAUGAUGACGCCAAGAAGGAAACGAUUUACAUUGCCCCUGGCGUGAACAGCUACUCGGUCAAUGACCUGCUCCCUGCCACCAAAUAUGAAGUGUGCGUGACUCUAAGGAACCAGAUGUCUCAAAGAGGACAGUGCAUUGUCUUUGUGACAGGAAAUGACAUCAGCGAAUUGGAGCAGCGGGAGAAAGUCAUCCACAUAAUCAUUAUCGUGUGCGCCAUGGUACUGGCUGUCCCCGUGGGGAUGUAUGCCUGCACCACCGAUACCCGGUUUAAUUGCAUGCAGAAGUGCCCCGACAUCUGCCGCAAGAAGAGGAAAGCGAAAACUCUCCGAGGAGUCAACAAGGAGAGCACGUUCGACAGCUUGCCGACAGGUAGCGACGAGGGGUUGUGCCACCAUGACUCCAGUGACAGCAAAAGAGAUCUGGGGGUGUUUGAGGACAAGGAAAACAGCGGCAGACAGAAAAUGGAGCACCGAAAUAACGCCGAUCUCUAUUAG